UCGGGGUGAGCCAAGAUGGGUGCGUACAAGUACAUCCCGGAGCUCUGGAGGAAGAAGCAGUCAGACGUGAAGCGCUCGCUGCUGGUGCCGUGCUGGCAAUACCGCCAGCUGUCGGGCUGGACGGGACGCCCGCCCCACCGCAGGCUGGGCUACAAGGCCAAGCAAGGUUACGUCAUAUAUCGGAUUCGUGUCCUCCGUGGUGGCCGCAAACGCCCAGUUCCCAAGGGUGCGACCUAUGGCAAGCCCGUCCAUCAUGGCGUCACCCAGCUGAAGUUUGCGCGGAGCCUUCAGUCUGUUGCUGAGGAGCGAGCUGGACGCCACUGUGGGGCUCUGAGAGUCCUGAAUUCUUACUGGGUGGGUGAAGACUCCACAUACAAGUUCUUUGAGGUUAUCCUCAUUGAUCCAUUCCAUAAAGCUAUCAGAAGAAAUCCUGACACCCAAUGGAUCACCAAACCAGUCCACAAGCACAGGGAGAUGCGGGGGCUGACAUCCACAGGGCGCAAGAGCCGUGGCCUUGGAAAAGGCCACAAGUUCCACCACACCAUUGGUGGUUCUUUCCGUGCAGCUUGGAGAAGGCGCAAUACUCUCCAGCUCCAUCGUUACCGCUAAUAAGUUUGUUUGUUUUAAAAAAAAUUACCUAAUAAAAAAUUUAGGACA